AUGGAGUCGGCCGAUCAGUACCGGCAGUGGCUGCAAUCUCUCAAAUCUUUGCCCGAACCCGAAGCCUCGGAGACACUGCGCCAGGCGCUACUCAAGGGUACAAGAUCUGGCGGUCUUACAUUCACAAGAGCAGGUAUCUUCCACUACUUCGACCACGUACACCAUUUCUUCGGCUGCCCAGAAGACGAUCCAUGCGACAACGACAGACAGAAGGAACCGUUAUGCUGGGAGAAAGCUAUUAUGGCCCCAGUGGAGCACAUCGUCAAUGCAGAGUGCGAUGCUGUGGUGGUUAACCUUAUCAUUUGGACAACUCUGUGUUUCAUCAUCAUCAAGUUCGAAGGUGAGAUUCGUGCGCGUUGGCUCAAGAAGUCUAAGGCGCAGCGGAAAGCGAUCCUCGAGAAGGCUUGGCCAACACAGCUACCAAAGAAUCAUCGCCCCGAUAUCGACAGGUCCGUUCUCAAUGCGUGCCCGCACCAGAGGCAUUCGCAUGGGCUGGCGCAGUACGCCUUCCCCUAUCUCAACCUCGAGGACCUCACCAAGCCGAACCCACUGCUCAUCCUUCUCAACGCACGUGGCCGACAUGCAAUGUGGAAAUUUGCCUUUCUAGAUUACGAGUUGGCCCCUCUGAUACACCUACGGCCAGCGCUUCUGGAGAAGACAAAGUUUACUAUGGGGCUCAACAACCUCGGAUACGGCCAGGUCUACGAGUGGGAUACGGAAGCAGAGGCCGCUGAAUCGAUGGGUAGAGGAGAUACCAUACAUCCUCUACCUGGCUCACACAUUGUGUGGAUGCAGACGGCCAUACUUGACGAUCAGGAUUUCACCUCGCUCAACGCCAUCGUACGAGAAGCAUGUUAUCGGGUGCCUACAUUAGCGGAUCUCGGCCGACUUGAAGCACUAGUAUCUGCAUGCCAAAACGCGGCUGAAGAUCACAUUUGGCUGCUCCGAGAGGAUCCGGGAUACUUUCGAGAGUUUACACUUGAAUACAAAGAACAUCGGCCGGAGCUACUGCCAGGUAUUCGUUGCAAGCAAACACAUAAGAGUGCGCGCGACGAAGUUCUUUGGCCUCGUGUGUUACAUGGUGUGGCCACCGACUGCUACAUUGACCUGUUCAUGUGGAACGAACUGCGACAACAUAUGUCCGAGCUCAACCGCUUCAGGUUGCUAUACAAAAACGAGCUUGGAUUUGAGAAUUUUGGUAGCAAUGAAGAGCUCCCAGAAGACUUCUCAGAGUCACUUGUUGAAGCUUGGUCUUUUCUGGAAUUCUUCCAAUUGGAAAUCAUACAAGAGCUGAGGGUAGCCUGGUCAUCCUCUUUGGAAAUUCGCGCUUAUUUCUCUCAAGAAUGCGAUCACAGUGUUGAAGAUAUGGUGGUGGGCAUCAAAUUCACCGGCAAAGGUAGUUGCAAACGAGACAAAGAACUGGAGCGUGUUUUCACUCUUUUCAAGUAUCUUUGGGAGCCGCCUGUCCGACAGUCGUUAAAGGUGCACACUCUGGUGGAAACACUGGACAAUCUAUUGCAAAACAAUGAGCGAGCGAGAAACUUGACCUCCCCGUUCGCAGCCUCACUCCUUUCCAAGCUGUCCAUAGUCUCGGAAUGUCUUCGUCAACUCAGCUUCUUCCUACCAUGGGCAAAGCGAGUUCAGUACUUAGCCAAACAGCGACAGACGGAGCUCAUAACAGCCUAUGCUAUCAACCUCUCUAGGUGGCAAUCAACGUUGAACACAACCUUCGAGGGAACCAACCUCGCUGAUCUCGGAAAGCCAGGCGCAAAAUUCCGCUAUCCGAUCAACAAGCGCCGAAGCAGGAUGAACGUCGAAAACCUCAGGAGUGCGGAGGCGGCCUUGGAUGCGUUCUGGCAUGCCGCAGACGUUCGCUUCAGGGAAUGUACCGGUACUACGCCUCACGAAAUAGUCUCCAGUUUGAUUAAGGAGCGUGAACUACAGCGCACACCGCUCUGGGUCGAGCCCGACGAUACUUCGGAGCCAUCUACACCCGUCGAAUACGUAUACAUUCCAAUAUCCAACGACCUCCACGACCCUACAAGGCAGGUUACCGGCGCAUUUGACAAGAUCAACCUGAGCAAUACCAAGAAAGCAAAAUCACACGGUCUGGCAGCCCUCAACACCGAACAUGGUCACGAGAACAACCUUGACAUGCCAGCUACUCCCGCCAUCAUCGACGAACAACCGACCUUCCAUCUCGAUAAGCGCGCACACAAAGUCUUCAGAGUCCUGUUCCAUUCACCACUUUCGCGCGACCAUCCUGGUGAUAUUCCCUGGCACGACUUCCUAUACGCCAUGGUAGCUACUGGAUUCGCCGCGCAGAAGCUGCAAGGCUCCGCCUGGCAGUUCACCCCGCGAAACCUAGAUGUAGAGCAGCCCAUCCAGUUCCAUGAGCCUCACCCGACACACAAGCUGCCUUUCACAUGGGCUCGACGCUUCGGUCGGCGUCUUGCGAGGACGUACGGCUGGAGAGGUGAUAUGUUUCAGCUCGCUUGA